CUCUUUACCCCGCCCACCAGGUGAUCAUGCURCCUAAUUGGUCAAACAUGACCCUCCACCUGGAGGACUCUCUGACCCGUGCCCUGGGCCAUUAUCUUGACAACUGGAGCCGGAAUUCUUCGAAGGCAGAACAGGCUCUGGACAACACUCUGGCAGAGGAGAACUUCAGGAACGUCAUAUGGUAUCUGAUAGUGAUGAUCGGAAUGUUUGCCUUCAUCGUCGUGGCGAUCCUGGUGAGCACGGUGAAGUCGAAGCGGCGUGAGCAUUCUAACGACCCCUACCAUAAAUACAUCGAGGAAGACUGGACCGCCCAGCUCCAACAGCAGAGCUUCGUCAUCAACAACCCCACGGCCAACUAACCCAAUGUAUAUUCACAUGCCAUAUACAAACACCAGUGGUGGAAAAGUACCUAAUUGUCAUACUUGAGUAAAAGUAAGGAUAUCUUAAUAUASAAUGACUCAAGU